CCCGUCAUUGACCGUCCUCCGUCAAAAUGCUAUCCAGGCUGCCUGCGGGUGCGCUGAAGAGCGUCGGGCCCUUCGCAAGAUCCCAUGCAACGGCCUUCUCCUCCGGUGCUCGCUUUUCCGCGCGCGUCCGUUUUGCUUCUACGAGUUCAAAUGCCUCCUCUGCAUUUGAGUCCUUCAUGAACUCGCGCGCGACAUUGGCCUCUGCGACGCUCCUUACCGUCGGUUCCAUCGCGUGGUACACCAGCCUGUACGGCCACCUGCCCUUUAUUGGCGAAGUGCACGCCAGCUCCCUCGCUGAUGAGGGCCUUCACCCGCCCCACUAUCCCUGGUCUCAUAACGGCUUCCUGGAUAGUUUCGACCAUGCGAGCAUACGUCGCGGAUACCAGGUGUACCGAGAAGUCUGCGCAGCGUGCCACUCGCUGGACCGUAUCGCCUGGCGUAACCUUGUUGGCGUCUCCCAUAAUGUGGAUGAGGUGAAGGCCAUGGCUGAGGAGGUUGAGUAUGAAGAUGGCCCAGAUGACCAGGGAGAGAUGUUCAAAAGGCCCGGAAAGCUGUCUGACUAUCUUGCUCCCCCUUACCCGAACGAGGAGGCUGCUCGUGCUUCAAACGGCGGUGCUUUGCCACCGGACUUGAGCUUGAUAGUCAAGGCGCGCCAUGGCGGUUGCGACUACAUCUUUUCCCUGCUUACCGGCUACAGGGACCCUCCGGCCGGCUUCGAGAUUCGAGACGGCAUGAAUUACAAUCCGUACUUCCCUGGCAAUGCCAUCUCUAUGGCGCGUAACCUGUUUGACGGUGUGGUCGAGUACGACGACGGCACUCCUGCUACGACUUCUCAGAUGGCAAAAGAUGUGGUUACGUUCCUGAACUGGGCCGCGGAGCCGGAGCACGAUGAGCGGAAGCAGAUUGGUCUCAAGGCCAUUAUUAUCUUCUCAGCACUCACCGCUAUCAGCUUGUACGUCAAGCGCUUCAAGUGGUCUGUGAUCAAGAGCAGGAAACUUUUCUACAAUCCGCCUGCGGACAAGUCGGCGCACUAGAGUAGAGCGGGCGUGCAUGACUCAAUCGGGAAUUUUGACUCCAUGAAUAGUAUUCUCAAUAACUGAGAGUUGUAGCUUGGCCUGUACUGAGGGUGCGAGUGUUAUUCUGAAAGCGAGGGAACCAGCGGACGUGUAUUUAUCGACUCGGGCCUUUGCGACCUGACAAACCAGAAUUCAGUUGGGCGCACUGUUGGC